AUGAUGAUAUUGUCUACUUAGUUGUAAUGUUAAUUGUAAAACAAAACAAAAAUGUGCUUCAAAAGAAAAAACUAUAUCAUACAACAAUUUAAUUCUUUUUAUACUAAGUGCAAUAUUUCAAGAGCUCCAAGACUAAUAUAGUCUUGUUUGUGGAUCUCUCCGAAGUGUAUCAAUCACAUAAUAAAAAAAAAACUACACAUAUGUCCUUGGUUCCCCCAAUUAAAAUGCCAGGACAAUAUGCAAGUGAUAGAAUUUUAAAACUUAAUCGUGAAAGUGAAGUUUAUUAAAUGAUUAAAGUGAAAGCUGAAAAUAUUAACGAAAGUAAUGUAAUUUAAACUGCCAUUUAAAAUAAGAAAAUAAAAAUAAAAGAAAAAUUAUAAAGAAAAUAUUACAAUAUUGAUAUUUUAAGGCAAAACAUGCAAAAACACAACAAAGUCAUUGCACUAGAAAUAUUAAUCAAGGACAUUUCUAGCAAAAAAUUAUCAGUGUAGUGGCCCAAAAAAUAAAAUGACAACAAUAUGUUGUAUAUAGAAUUAAUAAUGGCCAACAUUUUGCAUUAACUACAAUUUUAUAUUGUUGCAAAAACAACAUCUUAAAUUAAAAUUAAAAAGAGAAAACAAAACGUUUUAAACGGUUGAAACCAGUAACAUGCAUUUUUGGAUUGACAAACGUUCACCACAAUGUGGUUUUGGUCGUUCACGGGUGGCUGCUUCUUUGCACACCGGCGGUUCGGGUUUAAGUUUUGGUCAUCCCCCACGACGUAGUGGUGGUCAUAAAUCAUCAUCAUCAUCCUCGGGUGGUAAUACAUCAUUGUCAGCCUCUAGUAAUGCGGGUAUACAAGUCCACCGUCAGCAGCAGCAACAACAGCAAGUGGCAGCCGCUCAGUAUCAUACACAACAUGCUGCCACCACAAGCAAUAAUGCCCCAUAUCGUACGAGCACACAAUAUGCCACUGGUAGCAGCAGCAACAACACAACCAGCAAUAACAAUAAUAAUAGCAAUACCGCCGCCAAUCAAGCUACAAAUCGUAAUUUUGUUAGAUCAAAUGUAUCAGCAAAUCAUCAUCAUUAUUACAAUAAUAAUCGCCAACAGACGGCCCACCAUCAUCAUCAGCAGCAACAACAAUCUAGCUCUUGUGUUUUACCCAAUUCCAGUAAUAAUAAUCUAACAUCACCUACCGGCAAUAGUUUGAAUACAUCCUUAAAUAAUGCUGCUACAACAGCAACAACAACUAUUACAACGGGAGCACAACAACAACAACAACAUGCACAACGUUAUCGUCAUCCACAAUUUGGUAAUAUGUCGGUUAGAACUUAUCAACCCACUAUGCAGCAGCAGCAGCAGCAACCAACAACCACAACUACUCCGGCAUUAACAUCACAUCCACAACAACAGUUGCAAAUUCAAGUACAGCAAUCGACAACCACCAAUAUUUCCAAUGCCACCAAUACUACCACCACCACUAACAACACAUUAAAUCAUCAUAUAAUGGCAACAACAACAGCUGCAGCAGCAGCAACCACAAAUCAAUUACAACAAUCUUUAGAUGCAUCUUUAAAUACAUUAAACGAACAUGGAAUACAUCAAAGUCCCAAUCAAACUGCCAAUCUUUCCGCUGAACUCUAUCAUCAAACAUCUCCACGAAUAGUAACCUCUUUCAACAGACCCCUAACAGCUGCCACUAUGACAUCGGGGGGAAUUUGUGAUUAUAGCAGUGUCUCUGCAAAUCCGCGCACAACUUAUACAAACUCUGCUCUACAGACUACGACCACCAAUCUACAACUACAUCAUCAUCAGCACAGCAGUAGACAACGACGUAAUACACGUUCCAUAGAAAGUACCGAUUUACAAUUUCUUCCUUUACAUCUUAAAUGUGGUAUCUUUGCUUCCCUAGUCUUGGCCAUAGCCUUUAUAGUGGGCAUUAAAGUCUAUUUCGAUAAUCAUGGCACAAAAUUUGAAGUUGGUCUAUUUUGGCUGCUCACAGCCACAUUUGUAUUUGCAUUUUGUUUUGUUUCUAUAUGUAAAGUACCCAGGGUAUUAUUUGCCUCUACAACUUCAUCACGUUCGAAUUCUCGAGAUCAGACUAGAGGAGAUCGUUGUAGUAUGGAUGAUGCCGUGGCACGUGGUUCUAUGGUCAAUUCUAUAGAUGAUGUGGUCAUAACCGGAUUGCAUGAAUUUCAACAGGAACAAAUACAAAGUAUAAAUAUAAAUGCCCAGGCUGGUCCGCCGCCAUAUCACAUAGCUAUAUUGCUGCCAGAGACAAAAGCUAAAGAAGAUAUUAGUACACUGGAAGAAUCACCACCGCCGUCCUAUGACAAAAUAUUGAUAUAAGGCCCCCAAAUAGUUAUAAAAAGCGAACAUACAUUCAUACGAACAUUGGGCCAGCAGAAGGAGAGAGGUAUUUUAAGAAAUAUUUUUUAAGUUUAUAAAUAAGGGCCAAUCUUUAGGUGAAAGAUUAGCGAUUAAAUUAAAAUUAAUCCUCGAAAGAUGUU